UGGUAGGAGGAUGUGUUGCUGCUAUGCCUAUCCUUAAAAUGAUUCCGACCUCUCUCCUUUGGGGUUACUUCGCCUUCAUGGCUAUUGAGAGCUUACCCGGAAACCAGUUUUGGGAGAGAAUCUUAUUUCUCUUCACAGCCCCAAGUCGCCGCUUCAAGUAACUAAAGCUCAUACUCCUGAUUUUUAAUACUUGAAGAAGUAUUAACAAUUUUUUGUUUCAAAUUAGAUGAAGUUUUCAAAUUUUAAAUUAAAAUUUAAUAAAUUUUAUACUAUAUAAUUAUUUAGAUUCUGCAGGCUAUUUUUUAUUGGUGGAAUUUUUGAUUUAAUAGAUAACUAAUGAUGUUUUGUAUAGAAAAUAUAGAAAAUUAAAUGUUUUUAAAAAUUUGCGCGUUUUAAUUUAAAAUCUUAUUUAUUAAAAAAACGGAGGGCGUAUAUUUUAGUCACAUUCAACUUCAAGAAGCCUCUUUUCAUGACUCAUUUAUGUUUGCAGGGUUCCUGAAGACUACCACGCAACAUUCAUUGAAGCCGUUCCAUUUAGGACGAUUGCAAUGUUCACUCCAAACGGUUUAUCUGUUAAUCUGCUUUGGUCUCACAUGGAUCCCAAUAGCAGGAGUCAUGUUCCCUUUAAUGAUCAUGUUCUUGAUUCCUGUAAGACAAUACAUCCUCCCUAGAUUCUUCAAAAGAGCUCAUCUUCAGGACUUGGACGCAGCUGAGUAUGAAGAAGCUCCAGCUUUACCCUUCAAUCUCGCAGCGGAAACGGAGAUUGGAUCGACAACUUCGUAUCCAGGAGACUCAGAGAUUCUUGAUGAGGUUAUUACACGAAGCAGAGGAGAGUUUAGACACACGAGUAGUCAUAAGGUCACGAGUUCGAGUUCAACUCCUGUCAAUAAUAGGAGUUUGUCUCAAGUGUUUAGUCCACGAGUGGGUGAACUCAGGUUUGGUCAGAUGAGUCCUCGAGUAGUUGGUAAUAGUCCAAAGCCGGCUUGUGGAAGGAGUCCCUUGAACCAGUCCUCCUCAAAGUGAGAUGAUAUAUACUCAAUAAAACAAAACCACACCAAUGAGGAUGAAUUUUUAAUUAGUUAAUUAAUUUGAUCUUUAGUUAUUAUGAGAAACAAAAGCUUUCUUGAAUAAUCUCUCUUUAGUUAAUGUGUUGUAUGUGUUUGUAAUCCCCUUCCCUUGUGUUUUAUCUUUUGAGUUUCUGUAAAAUCUUACUUAUAUGUAACUCUGUGUGGCAAAUAUGUAUAAAGACUUUAGCAAAAAAAAAAAAUGUAUGAAGACUUGAAAUGUUAUAACGGUAAGCAAUCUUUUUAUAUGAUCGGCUGUCACACACUUGUUUUUCAUUUCUUUCAUCUAUAUACCAUUUCUUUGGGUGACAAAUAAUAUAGUUUUUUUUAACCCCACGAGGUGAACCUUUAAAUUCACCUCCCCUUUUAUAGAACGAAUCAAAUUGUCACGUAGAUAAUUAAUUAAAAAUAAUAAAUUUAUUUAAAAAUAACUAAAAUAAAAAAUAACGCCAAUUUUAACGAUGAUGUGAAGCCGCUAGCUAAACCGUAAACCCUAAAUUUUAAAUUCUAAAUCCUAAACUUUAAAUCCUAAACCCAAACCCUAUACCCUAAACUCAAAUCCUAGACCCUAAACUCAAAUCGUAGACCCUAAACCCAAAUUUUAUACCUUAAACCCAAACUGUAUACCAUACACCCAAACUAUAAACCCUAAAUCCAAACCAUAUACACUAAAUCUAAAUCCUAGACCCUAAACCCAAACCUUAUAUCGUCUACGUUUAGGGUUUGAGUUUAGGGUUUGAGUUUAGGGUUUAUGAUUUGGGUUUUAAGUCUAAGAUUUGGAUUUAAGGUAUAUGGUUUGCGUUGAGGGUCUAAGAUUUGGUUUAGGGUAUAAGGUUUGGAUUUAAGGUUUACGGUUUGGGUUUAUGGUAUAGGAUUUGAGUUUAGAGUAUACGGUUUGGGUUUAGGAUCUAGGAUUUGGGUUUAGGGUAUAGGGUUUGAGUUUAAGAUUUACGGUUUAGAGCUAAGAAUUUAAGAUUUCGGAUUUAAGGUUUAGACGGCGGCGUCAACGUUAUUAAAAUUAGCAUUAUUCUUCUUUUUUUAGUUAUUUUAAAAUAAAUUUAAUAUUUUUUAAUUAAUUAUCUACGUGACACUUUGAUUGAUACUAAAAGAAUAUGUGAAUUUAAAGGUUCACCCUAGGUUUUGUAAGUGAGACUAAGUUUUUUUUUUUUUUUAAGUAUUACUUUUGUUCAAAUUUCACAAAUGGAAGUUAGAAAAAUAGACACUUUGAGCCAACACUUUCUACAAAGUUAACGUGGCAUGAUUUAUAUACACAUGCAAAUCCACAAUCUGUAAAUUAAAUACAUGAUAUAUGUGAUUUUUUUUUUUUUGAACUUAAUAUAUGUGAUGUUACACUUACAUGCAGACGUUCCUUAACUUCCUUUGGUGGUUCAUGCAUGAAAGAAGAAGAGAAAUAACUAAAUGGAAAAGCAAAGCGUGAAUGAUUACAUAAAAUUUGAAGCAACAACAAAUACUUUGAGCAUGAUGACAGUAGCUAUCUUGUUAAAGGUAAGGCAUGUCGUUCGAAGAAGCAUGCACUUUGACACUACAUAUAAAACAAUACAAGGGUCAACUUAUAUUACCAACAUCGAACCAGACAAAGACAAAAGUGAAACAACACGAGUGUUCGAUGUCAACAAGGAAAAGUGAUGCACUGCAAUAGUUUUUAAGCCUUUUGAUUUUGAAAUAGCAUUAUGAGGGAAGAGGAAAAAGAAUGGUCUCUAAUUAAUCACCAAAAGUAUAAAAUUAGAAGCACUUGAGUAGCAGUAUAAUGUAUGAGAGGCUACGAGCCAACUGAGACCGACCCUGUCGGGAAAAUAAAACCCUUUUUAUAUAUUGAAAUUUGGGUUUACUUUGCUGGCGUAAUCAUAGGAUGAAGAGAAAAAUAACAGGUGUGAUGAUACAACAUAUAUGGUAUGCUGGUAUAGUAAUAAUUUAACACAAUAGCAACUAUCAUAACUGUUGUUACAGUUUGGUAAUUUGAAACAAAGAUUCACACUUAUUUAUAUUUGUUGAUUAAUUAGAGACCAUUGAUCUUUGUACUAUUUGCAAACAGUCGCAAUAAUGACUGAAUACAUUGCAAACAGUCGAUUUUCUACGUACUAUUUGUUAUGGGGUUUUGGAAUACCUUUGUUGAAGAUAUGUCACAACUUUGAGAUCAAAUCAUUAGUUAUGGCGUAUAAACAUGUGACUACAAUAAAAAGAGCUAUUGCUGAGUGAGAUUUAAACUUACGAUUAAAACGUGGGUGGACAAUAAAAGAAGAGCUAGUAAAGGGAACUCUUGAGUAUCCUCUUUUUGCUAAAGUUUUUGUUUUCUUAGCAUUAACCAUUGACUCAUAAAUAGUGAAAUUUAUUGUGUUAUCAUUGAUAUUCUUGUUGUCUGCAAUUAUGAAAGUUAAUAAGUUGCCUUAUGCAUAGGUCGCAGUCUAAAUCAUGCAAUGUGAUCUUUGUUCUUUUUUUUUUCCUUUUUGCGACUCUUUAUUGUCUUAGACUAAAAACAGAACUCUUUCGCAUUCAUUCAUCUCUUCUUCACCUUAAAAGCAAAGCCCACAUUCUUCAACUUC